ACAAGAAUUAUAUGUUGUUUUUUUAGAUAUAGAAGAUCAUAAUACUCUUCGAUUAAAUGAAUUUAUACAUAAUACUUUACUUGAAUAUGACUUAGACCCUAAAAACGUAUUUGAAACUAUGAAAAUUAAUUCUCAACCAGAUUUUAGUUAUUCAAGUUUAAUUGGAAUUUUUUAUCAAUAUGGAAUUGGGUGUGAGCCAGAUGAAAUUAAGGCAUUUGAAAUAUUUUCUAAUGCCGUUAAAAAUAAUAAAAAAGAAAUAAUAAAAAAAUUUUCUUUUGAUCAAAAAAAUGAACCAAUUACUUUUUGUGACGAUAAUAUUAAAGAGUUAAAUGAAAUAAUUACACAAUAUUUUUAUUCUUUAUUUCUUUAUAAAGAUAUUAUUUUAAAUAAAGCGAAAAACUACAAACUUUAUGUUAAAAAUGCUGAAAAUGGAGAUUCAAUAUCACAAUAUUAUUUAGGUAAUUAUUAUUAUAACAAAAUAGAUUAUAAUAAAGCAAUUGAAUGGUAUUCAAAAUCAUCGGAAGGAGGAAAUAUUAGAGCGAUAUAUAAAUUGGGUAAUUGUUAUUAUUAUGGAUAUGGGGUUAUGAAAGAUGAAAAGAAAGCACUUGAAUUAUAUUUAAAGUCUGCAAAAGGAGGAUUAAGUUAUGCAUUACGUAGCGUGGGAGAUUGUUAUUAUUAUGGACGAAUUAUGAAAGAUAGAAGUAAAGCUUUUAAAUGGUAUUUAAAAGCGGCAAAAAAAGGUGAUUUUCAAUGUCAAUAUUUAGUAGCAAAGUGGUAUCAUAAUGAUGGAAUACAUGAUCCAAAAAACGAAGAAAAUUGGUUUUAUUGGAAUAGAAAAGUUGCAAUUAAUGGUAAUAUUCAUGCUCAAUUUGAAUUAGCGGAAUAUUAUCUUAACAGCAAUUCUAUUAAUAAGAAUGAAAAGAAAGCAUUUAGGUGGUAUAUGAAAUUAGCUAACGAUAAUGAACCAAGAGCACUUUAUAUAGUUGCUAAGUGUUAUAGAGAUGGUGUUGGAACUGACAAAGAUUUAAAGGAAGCUAUAAAAUGGAGUGUAAGAUAUGAGGAAUCAAAGGUCUUUUGAAGAUUAAUGCAUAAAUUAAUUUUAUGAAAUUAUACCUUUGAAUUUGAAAAUAUUAUUGGGAGUUUUUUUUUAUUUCAUUACUAUAGGAUUUGUAGAAAC